AGGUGAUUAAAAUGCAAUACGUUGGAAGAGCCUUUGGGACUAUGUCUAGGACAUGGUCUUCUAUUAAUCCAGCGACACUUUCUGGAGCGAUUGAUGUUAUUGUUAUUGAACAAGCAAAUGGAGAUCUUGCUUGUUCUCCGUUUCAUGUACGUUUUGGAAAGUUUUCUAUGCUUCGCCCUUCAGAUAAGAAGGUGACUUUUAAAGUAAAUAAUGAGAUCGUCCACUAUUCAAUGAAAUUGGGAGAUGAGGGCGAUGCAUUCUUUGUUUUUAGUACUGAAAGUGAUGUUCCGGAUGAGUUGAAGACAUCUCCUGUUAUUUCGCCGUCUAGUAGUCCUCAAUCAAGUGAGGAGCAAAGUCUUCAAGAGCCAGAUGAAUUUUAUUUAAGUGAACAUAACAAUCGUAUACCUAAAGAUGGGAUUCUUACACGUCUUGAAGAUCUGGGUUAUAAUAAUACAGGGGAUAUAGGACAAACGGGUCUUUCACGUUUAGGUCAUGAAACAUGGGAUACAUUAUCUAUAGAUACAUCAUCUAAUUUAGUUACUGAUACACCUAAAGCACAUCUUUUAUCUUCAGAUGUUUCUGAUUCUACUUCUCAAAAAACGAAUCAUGAGUUACUUUCGGACUUAAAUAUUUCUCAAUCUUCAAUUGACACGGAGGAAGCUCGUCUUACUGCUAUUAAACGUGCAUCUGAACUCAGCAAAAGACUUCUAACUAGGGAUAUUCCUACGCAUAUUACAGACAAUGGGGAUGUUAUAUUGGAUAUGCGUGGUUAUAAAUCAUCAGACGAAGCGGAACAGGAAGCAGAGGCAAUUGUUCGACGUAUUCUUUCAGAGCUAGAUAUCAAUCCUGCAGAAUUAGAAAAUCUUAUUUCUUCCGAUUCAUACGGAAACAUCUGGAUUUAUGCAAGUGAAGAUUCAAAAGAGGAUGCUAUAAAUAGAGGAUCUUUGUCAACAAAUAUUGAUAUAUUUUCUAAUAAUAAUCUUAAUGAUCUAUCCAAGAUUUCUUUAACUUCUGUACCUAGUUUGGAACCUGAGAUUAAAUCAUCUACUGAUAGUACAACUACGUACGUAAAGACACUUCGUCUUACUUCAGAACAAUUAAAAUCACUUAAUCUUCAAUUAGGAAGAAAUUCCAUUUCGUUUAGCGUUAAUAAAGGAAAAGCAACCGUCUCUGCAAACCUUUAUUUCUGGAAACAUAAUACAUCAGUUGUCAUAUCUGAUAUUGAUGGGACAAUUACUAAAUCAGAUGCGCUUGGUCACGUAUUAACGAUCAUUGGCAAAGAUUGGACGCAUCCAGGUGUUGCAAAACUUUACUCUGAUAUUUAUAAUAAUGGAUUUAAUAUAUUAUACCUUACAAGUCGUUCUGUAGGACAGGCAGAUUCUACUCGAGAUUAUCUUAAAAAAAUAGAACAAAACAGACAUAAGUUACCUCUUGGUCCAGUUAUUCUUUCUCCGGAUAGAACUAUGGCUGCUUUGCGAAGAGAAAUGAUUUUUAAAAAACCAGAAGUUUUUAAAAUAUCUUGUUUGAGAGAUUUACAUAAUGUUUUUGGAAAAGGUUCAAAUCCAUUUUAUGCAGGAUUUGGAAAUAGAAUAACUGAUGCUUUGUCUUACCAAUCAGUUGGCAUUCCUCCUACACGAAUUUUUACUAUUAAUUCUUAUGGAGAAGUUUAUAUGAAAUUCUUAGAACUCACAGGCUAUAGAAGCAAUUAUAUUUCUAUGAACGAUCUUGUAGAUCAUUUUUUUCCACCACAAAGCGCUUCUUUAUUUCAAAUUAAACAUUUAGAAUUUAUUGAUACUUUAUUUUGGCGCAAUCCACUCCCUAAUAUUUACGAAUCUGAUGAUGCAAUAGAAACAACUCCUGAUGAUCCAGUUCCUGAUGAUGAUUUAGAUGUAUAUUUUGAUAAACAUUAUGUUCAUAUCGAUAUAUGA